AUGGGCAUAGAGACUCUCCCCGACGUCGAGGAAUCGACGGAACCUCCUAUAUGUGGUUAUACGGAGUCCUCUACAAAUUCACAUGCAACCAACAGCUUAAGCUUUGAGCUGUGCGACGAGAAACUUAAACCGUCGAUCAACCCUGAAGGCCAGUGCACCGUCGAUGACCGACUGAAAGAUGCCCAUCUUUUGGAACCAGCCCACAUCGCUUCGUUCCUCCAUACAGACCUCCAGAAUGGACUUUCUACUAGCGAGGCGCUCCUCCGCCUCGAGAGAGAUGGUCCGAAUGCCGUCCAAGAAGUCACGGGCAUCUCCGUCUGGGGGAUACUCCUAAGACAGGUUUCCAACAGCCUGACAAUAAUUCUACUCCUGACCAUGGGCUUGUCCUUUGGGAUUGACGAUUAUAUCGAAGGAGGCGUCAUCACCGCAGUGAUCCUCUUGAACAUUAUUGUCGGGUUCUUCCAGGACUACCGCGCGGAGAAAACCAUUCUAUCCUUGCAACGUCUCUCAGCUCCAGAAUGUAAAGUCAUUCGGGACAAUCGAGUAACGCCCAUCAAGGCCCAAACACUGGUCGUGGGAGACAUUGUUCGUCUCUCAGUUGGCGAUAUUGUGCCUGCAGACCUACGGUUGUUUGAGGGGAUGAAUGCCUCGAUUGACGAAGCACUCCUGACCGGCGAAUCUCUCCCCGUCCUCAAGACUCCAUAUGAGACCCUUGUUUCCCCGGAUAUUCCAAUCGGUGACAGGAGCAAUAUGGCAUACUCAGGCUGUAGCACCACACAAGGUCGAGCCAUGGGAAUAGUCAUAGCGACGGGAAUGAACACGGAGGUUGGGAAGAUUGCUCAACUGUUACAAGACCAAGAUAACGAGGGUAAAAAGGUUCAUUCUCGGGUCUUAAGCACUGUCCUGUCUUCUGCCAAGAAGAUCUUGGGCUUAGUGGGAACACCACUGCAGGUCAAACUGAGCAAAUUUGCGUUGCUACUAUUUGCGCUAGCUAUUCUGUUAGCCAUUAUUGUAUUCUCAGUCAAUCUCUGGGAUGUACAGGGUGAGGUCCUCAUCUAUGGGAUAUGCGUUGCAGUUGCUGUCAUUCCUGAAUCCCUAAUAGCUGUACUCACCAUCACGAUGGCUGUUGGCACCAAGGCAAUGGCAAAAGGAAAUGUCAUCGUCCGAAAGUUGCAAUGCUUAGAGGCGGUUGGUGGUGUCACCAAUAUCUGUUCAGACAAGACUGGUACCCUCACACAGGGAAGGAUGGUUGCUCGUGCGGCAUGGAUUCCGGGUGCCGGUACAUUGACAGUACGCGAAAUCACCGAUCCAUAUGACCCUAUGAGUGGAAUUGUGCAGCUAGAUGAGAUUGACUGGAAUUCAAGCCACUCAAUUGAGAAUCAUCCUGCAUUGCAUACCUUUCUUUCCGCACUCUCUCUCUGCAACCUCUCAGUUGUGCAUCAUGAAAAUGACGUCUGGUUCGCAGUUGGUGAACCAACUGAAGCUGCACUCCAUGUUUUGGCUAUGCGUUUUGACUUUGGAAAAAAUGCAGUAAUCACCAAACGCCAGAUCAAACUUCGCACUGAGUAUCCAUUUGACUCUGCCAUCAAGAAAAUGACAGUCGUUUAUAGUAAUGCGAGCGAGGAUAUCAACGAGGUGUACACGAAGGGUGCACCGGAAGCCAUUCUUCCCUCAUUAUUGAUUUCCGAACAUGAGAAACAAAUAAUUCGCGAAACAGCAGAUCGAAUGGCAGGAGAAGGCCUUCGGGUCCUGUGCGUAGCCACCAAAAAGACACCAAUCGACGAAGAUGACAAGGUGUCCCCUCGCUCUGCUGCCGAGUCGGACCUUCAAUUCGGUGGUUUGGUAGGACUAUACGAUCCACCCCGUAUCGAAAGCGCAGCAGCUGUGUGCAAGUGCCAAAUGGCGGGUAUCACAGUGCAUAUGCUUACUGGAGAUCACAUCAAGACCGCUACGGCCAUUGCGGCCCAAGUAGGCAUUUUAGAUCGUGUUUCACUCAUCACAAAACAAACGAAGUUGAUCAUGGCUGCCGAUGAAUUUGACAGAUUGACCGAUGCCGAGAUCGACGAGAUUGAGGAGCUUCCCCUCGUCAUCGCUCGCUGCAGCCCUGCAACGAAGGUCCGCAUGGUUGAGGCGAUGCACCGUCGUGAGGCAUUUUGUGUCAUGACCGGAGAUGGUGUCAACGACUCUCCUGCGCUCAAAAGAGCUGAUGUUGGUAUAGCGAUGGGGAAAAAUGGGAGCGAUGUCGCGAAAGAGGCCGCUGACAUGGUUCUCACUGACGAUAAUUUUGCGUCUAUUGUCAAAGCAGUUGAAGAAGGCAGACGACUGUUUGAUAACAUCCAAAAGUUUCUGAUGCAUCUUCUGAUAUCAAAUAUCGCCCAAGUCAUUCUUCUGCUAAUUGCAUUAGCUUUCAAAGAUGCUGGAGGUAACUCAGUAUUCCCUCUAUCUCCUCUCGAGAUCUUGUGGGCAAAUCUUGUUACAUCCUCAUUUCUGGCUGUCGGUUUAGGCCUUGAGGAAGCCCAGCCAGACAUCAUGUACCGGCCGCCACACGAUCUGCGCAUCGGAGUGUUCACUCGCGAACUUAUAGUCGACAAAAUGAUAUACGGCACUUUUAUGGGAUCUCUAUGCUUGGUAGCUUUUGUGUGCGUUGUGUACGCUGGAGGGACAGGGUCUUCAGAUCUAGGAGACGGGUGCAACCAAGGAUACAAUUCAACCUGUCAAACAGUCUUCCGAGCUCGGGCUACAACCUAUGCAACAUUGACAUUCCUGUUACUGGUCACCGCAUGGGAAGUUAAGGAUUUCUCGAGGUCCUUAUUCAACAUGGACCCGAUCAGAUACCCACAGCGUCUUUCAAUUUUCCCUACCCUUUGGAGAAACCGGUUCCUCUUUUGGGCGGUUAUAGCUGGAUUCAUCAUUGCGUUCCCAGUGAUAUACCUUCCUGUUAUUAACCAGGUUGUGUUCAAACAUCAUGCUAUCACGUGGGAGUGGGGUAUUGUCUUUGGGUGCACACUUGCCUAUCUGGGGUGUGUUGAGAGCUGGAAAGGUGUCAAGAGGGCUUUUGGUAUUGGAAGUGGGAAGCAUAAUAUCCUUACUUUGGAGGAUGCUGAAAUGAGGGCUGGGUUGAAAACGCCAACCCUGAUGUCUUCCAGUGCUAACGCGAGUGUGGAGAUGAAGUGA